CGGCUCCGGGAGGACCUGCGGCGAGGGGAUCCUUUCGUGGUGGGGAGGAGAAGUGGGGCUCACUUUCCCCCGCCGGGAAGGCUGGAGAAAGCGAGGGGGAGGGCAGUCGCGCUGGGAGUCACCGUCACCUCUGCUCUUCCCGCAGGCACCGGGCUGGGCACUGUGUCCCUCUGGGGCAGCCUCCUGCUCGCUGCCGGCUUUGCUCUCGACCCAGCACCGCCAACCUGCAACUGCUCAGAGCCCAUGGACUACCAGGCUUUCCGGGAGGCUCCGCUCCCCGAGAGCUGCUGCCUCAACUUCACCAGCUCCAACAUCACCCACCUGGACUGGGGCACACUGGUGGGGGUGCAGGGGCUGCGGGAGCUCUACCUCUCUCACUGCAGCAUCACAAACAUCAGCAACGCACAGGGAGUGCCUCCUGCCUUGGAAAUCUUACACUUAAGUCACAACCUGCUGGAAAGUCUCCCUGGAAGCUUUCUAGAAAAUGCCCCUAAUUUGAGGGUUCUUUAUCUGGACAGCAACCAGCUUCAGGAGCUACCCAGGUCCUUCCUGAAAGCAUCUUCCCAGGUCCAGGAGGUCUACCUGGGCUUCAAUGCCCUCACCUUCCUUCCUGCCAGCCUCCUGAAGCCAUCUCUGCUCCAGCUUCAGCUCUCCAAUAACAGCUGGGACUGCAGCUGUGCUUUGCUAACCAACUUGGAGGGUUGGUCCAGCCAGGCUGCUGAGGUUAUCUGCCACACACCGGAGCACUACCAUGGUGUGGGCCUCCAGAGCAUCCCCCGGGAUGAGCUGUGCCACUCACACGGUCUCACUGCCCUCUUCAUCUGCCUGCCCCUGCUCCUCAUCCUCAUCAGCAUCACUUGGUGCUUCUGCCGGCAGAAGAAGAAAACCAACUACAGCCUUCAGAGUAGGUCCCAGAGCCACAGGGCCAUGGCAGAGAGGAGCAAUGUGCCAGUGUCUGCAGAGCCCCACCACUACAUCCCCUAUGAGCUGCCUGCUGCUCCCUCCAAGACUGAGAAGAAAGUGCUGCUGGGGAAACCCGUCGUGCUCCAGCCCUUCGUGGAUUCAUUGGAGAGCAGCAGAGACCUCUAUGAGGAGGUGGAGAUACAGGUGGGAUCCCCCAGCAGUUCCCAGGUGCCAUCCCAUGAAGGGCAGCUGGGCACCCCAGAGCCACGGGCAGAGGAGCUGGGCAGUGAGCCAGAGGUGGACACUGUCAGCGUGAGCGAAGUCCUGAAGGACUCUGCUGACCGGGAGAAGAUCUACAUGAGUCAGUCAACCAGCUACUACAACCUGGUACCUGGUAUCGAGCUGGAGGACUCAGACAACCUGGAGUAUGAGACCAUUGACCUGCACUGAUGGCAGGACUUGGGCUGUGUCUGGAACACACCAGCAGGAUGGCAGGGGCCGGAGUGAAAGCCACAAGAGCAGGAGAGACAGGAGUUGUCCUCCCAUGGCUUACAGUGGCUGUUUGCAAAGCUGCACCCCCAAAUACCCAUCCUUUCCCCUGUGCUACCAUGUGAACCCCUCGCUUGCCGUGUGCUGCAGCUGGGCAAGGGUGCAAGGGUGCUUCAGGCUCUGGGGACCCUGCCACAGGCUGGUGGUGCCUGAGGAAGGACAUGGAGGGAAGGUGGGGGCUGGUUUUUGGGAUCAAAUGAUGAUGCUGUGCGUGCCAGACCCACUGACCAGCGCUUCCAAGACCAGCUCUUGUUGGAGCCAGAUGGUGUCUGGCACAGACCUGCUGCUCUCCAACCUGCAGAGAACACAGUCUGGAGACAUGAAACACAGCUGGCCCUGCCUGUUUGGUCUGCAGGGAACAUUGCAUUUGGAUGGGGUGCCCUGGGCUUGUCAGGGAAAGCCUGUGGUGGCUUUGCCUGCUGCCCACCCCACACCCCACAGUGGCACAGGGACUUUGAACAGUCAAUGCACACGUGCUGCUUCAUGGUGUGUGUGUGUGUGUGUGUGUGUGUACACUUGUGGGAGCGGGUGUGUGAAGUGCACAAGCACACGGCAGCAUCAGAGGGGGGCCCUUGCAGCCAGCCCUGUAGGAUCCAGCUCUCAGUAAAAAUACAUUGUUUUGCUCUUGGCA